CUGAUUUAUUUAUUGCAUAUGUUUUCAUAAAAGAAAAAUUUUAUUUUUUUAAACAUAUAUUAAUUGUUUUUUUAUAUGCAAUAUUUUUAUCUGACUUUCUUAAUACUCUCUUAUAAGUGAAGUGGUGUUAUUACUAUUGAUCCGCAGCCUCCUACUACUUUGAAAAAGUUUCAAGUAAUUGUUGCGAACAACAGAACGAAGAAGAAACGGGUUUAUUGAUUCAGGUUUCUAUGUUUUAUUGAAUUGAAUGCAUGCAAAGUACAGCCAAAAAUGUCGAACCCAUUUGAUAAUCAAGAACAAUUAAUUACUAAUACGUACGAUGUUUUGAAACGCACUUCAGACAGCAUUCAACGUUCUAAUAUAAUUGCUUAUGAAUCAGAGCAAAUUGGUACCGAGGUCCUUUCAGAAUUAGGAGAACAGCGUGAAUCGCUUUUGCGUUCAACCAGACGUCUUGAACAUGCCGAUAGUGAUUUAUCACAAUCGCGUAAAAUCAUACGUAAAUUAAACCGUGAAGUUCUCUAUAAUAAAGUUAUACUUUCUUCAAUAAUUUUCUUCGAAAUAGUCAUAUUAAUUGGUUUAAUUGUGAUAAAAUUUAUUAAAUUCUGAUAACGCGUUUUUGUUAUAUCAAAAAUUUUGUUCUUAUACGCGUUAAAAAUUGUAUUCAUGAAAUAUAAAACCAAAACCUUCUUUUAAAGUUAUGCAAAAAACAAACUGUUUGUGUACUUUUCAAUUAAUAUGCAUAAAAAUGUGCAAUUUAUGCCUCAGAGGAUUGUGGUAGACUGCGAACACUCGCUUGCUAAAUCAUAGCAAUUUUACUCCUAGUUUUUUCCGCAUAGUUCUCCUUGUUGUAUACGUUUUAAAAUUAGAAAAAGAAUAAUUUAAUUUGAAAAUGUCUGCUUACAUAAAAAUAUUAAAAUUAUAUAUGUUUUAUCAAAAUUAUAAAAGAGUGAAGUUAGUCGACAAGCGUAUACCGCUGAUCUGUAAUAAAUAUAGUAGAUUUAGCUCGAUGGUAAAAAAAGUUCAAGACGCUUAUAUCCCUCACCAAAAUCAAUAUCU